UUUUCUGUGCGGAGAGAGAGAGGGAGCUCAGGAGGAGCGGUCAGACCGACGGCAGGAGCAGCUCAGGGACACGCCGCUGAAAUGGGAGUGGAAAUUGAGACCAUCACGCCGGGUGACGGAAGGACCUUCCCCAAAAAAGGACAGACGUGUGUGGUGCAUUAUGUCGGAUCCCUGACAGACGGACGGAAGUUUGACUCGUCCCGGGACAGGGACAAGCCUUUCCGUUUCAAGAUCGGCAAACAGGAAGUGAUCCGAGGUUGGGAGGAGGGUGUGGUGCAGAUGAGUGUUGGUCAGAGGGCCCUGCUGACCUGCUCGCCUGACUUCGCUUACGGAACCAAAGGCCACCCGGGCAUCAUCCCUCCCAACGCCACCCUGGUGUUCGACGUGGAGCUGCUCGGUUUGGAGUGAAGCAAAACUGCAGCCUGUUUGUUGUGUGUUGUUUGGCUUCAGGCGACCCGAGGAGAGGCUUGGACAGUCUGCGCCAUUUCACCACGUCUUUCAGUUCGACAGUUUGUGUUGUUUUUAACUGUGUGGCGGCAGAUUUACUGACACUUUUCAAUCAUUUUCCUUCUUUUUGAAAGUAUGGGCCAUAACCUCAAACUUCCAUGUUCUUAACCUUGUGUAAGAUGGUUUGUGUCUUUGUGAGCAUGUGUGUUUUCAUGUGUUGGCUGUGCAGCGACACGCCAAUAAGCCACUAGCAGCGAGCUUCAUCAACAUUAUUUUAACAGAACUGCACAGAAAGCACACAUUUGUAUAAUAUUUUCCUGCUCAGGAUCAAAUAAAACCUUCUGAUGCACUAAUUAAAAUAUCGUGGUGCAAAAUUUAGUAUUGAUA